AAGGGAGUCCGCAAAAAAUCGACGCAAGUAAAUAUUUUAUUUUCAUUGCAAUCUUCAUGAAUGGAAAACUUUCGAAUGUCGUCAUUGGUCCACCAAGUUGGGCAUUGGACGGACGUUGUAGACCAAUAGUCCCUCAUUCAGUGUCCAUUGGGUGACCCACAUGGGUCUUGGUUCAGAGCAAUGUCAAGAUCAAUAACACUUGGCCGUGUUUUGAUGGUUGGCUUUCUUUUGGUUUUAGUGUUGAAUGUGUUUUUCUUUCGAUCAGAAUCAUUGACCAAGUUCAACGGCUUUUGGGCUCUCAUUAGCCCUGAUGAGGUAACAUGUGAGGGACGGGUUGCUUUACUCCCAAUUUCAACACCAUCACAAAAUUCAAAUCUAAACUCUCCGAAGAUAUUUCUAUUAGAGACAUCAGGUCGAGCUACACUCAAUCCCAGACAAGCUUGCGCCAUCGAAUCUGCCUUGAGAUUUACGAACCUAAAUGUUUUCGUUUUGAUUCGAAGCCCUUUUUUGAACCUCUCCGAUGUAACCACGUGCCACUUAUUCAAAUUAAGUAAAGAGACCAACACAACCACAACGAAUCUUUACUUCCGCGAGAUUCAACCCGAUCGAGACCUUAAAGACUUGCCAUUUGAUUGUUCAAUGUUUAAGAAAAAGCUGCUCCAAGGCCACAAGUUUUAUGCCACUUUUCUCAGUGACGCUCUAAGACUGGCCUAUUUGUACAACUAUGGAGGAUGGUAUGGUGAUUUAGAUUUCAUCUAUCUACGCUCCUUGGCCAAGGAAAAUGGCUCCAUUUUGGCUGCAACUGGAGGGAAAAGUAACGCGUCCUAUUUCCUCACAAAUGCGGCCAUGAAAAUGGAAAGACGACAUCCCUUUCUUCUGGAAUAUAUGGAGGAUUCCGUCCGGGCUUUCCGAGGACAGGCGAGAGCCGAAAUGGGUCCGAAUACGUUAACUAGCUCUCUGAAACGGUAUUGCAACAUUCCCAAAUCUAUUCAAUCGUUAAGAAACCUCUCAGAUCCCUCCUUGUGCUCCAAUAUUAGGGUUGUCCCACCUCAGGUUUUUCAUCCUAUACGACUUCACACCAUGAAGUUCCUAUGGUCUAAAGAGGAAUUGACCCCCGCAUUUUGGAACCAGACUAAGCGCGACGCUUGGGCGAUCCACUUCUUCUCUUAUUUGACGAGCUCCAAAGAGGUCACCAAGAAUUCGAGAAAGGAGGCUUACUCAUACUUGGCUCCAAUCUAUUGUCCGAAUAGCUUUGCCAGUGUUGAAGAGUUUUAAAAGCAGGCAAUGAGUCCAAAGAAAGCCAAUGAGCGUUACAUUUUUACCUUGUUCUUGUUCAACUGGAAAAUCGAUUGAUUUCUUCACUACGUAUGACUUGUUUAGGUUUGACUUCUUUGUUGUGCAAUGUAAUGCUAAAAAAGAAAAAGUCAGCGGAGGAAAUUUAACGGUUAAGUGAAAAUCGGCACACCAAAACAAUAAAUUGGCACAAGUAAACGACCACACAAAAAGAUAUUACGAGCACACCACAAAUGAAAGGUAGCACACCAAAUAUAAAAAGUGGCACACCACAUCAAUAAAGUGGCACAUGAAAGUGCACUUACAAAAAAGAGUUUAUAGGACAACUUAAGUAUCAAUUGGCAAAUUGAAUUUGAAAAUGUACCCACAAGAAGUGAAAAAAGUAGCAAAACUCAAAGAAAAAUGUAAAACACUGGAAUCAAACGGAAUGAAAAGGAUUUAAAGCAUAUCAAACAUUCAAUGGGCUCGCCAACCAAACAAUACAGAGGCACAC